GUCAAACUGCGAAGCUAUUUAACAAAAACAUCCCAAGAAGAAGAAAACAAAUGGCUGUGACUGCCCACAAACUCCACAAAACCCAGAGCUUACUUUCUUGUUCUUAUAAAACCUUCCUCCUCUUCUCCACCUGGUACUCUCCGCCACCGCCACCACCAGCGCCUUUCCAUGAAGAUCCGAUUCUCUCAUCUGUGUCCAACGCAAUAAAAAACUGCGAUACAAAGCCCCUACACAUCUCGCUCAAGAAAUUCCUCCCUUCUUUCAAAGCGCAUCAUGUUAUCUGCCUCAUCAAACACAAUCCCCAUUCUCUCUCUCCGCAGCUUCUUUUUUCUUUCUUCAACUUCCUCUCUUCAUGCCCCACCUUUCGCCACACAAUUCAGUCAUAUUGCACCAUGGUUCAUUUCCUUGCUGCCCACCAAAUGCACACGCAAGCCCAAUCUCUGCUUCAUUUCAUUGUCUCUCGCAAAGGGAAGGGCUCAGCUCCUUCAGUUUUUGGUUCAAUUCUCGAAACUAAAGGUGCCCACUUGUCAAAUUCUGUGUUUGAUGCUUUAAUGAAUGCAUAUACAGAUUUGGGAUUUAUACCAGAUGCUAUUCAGUGUUUUAGACUGGUUAGGAAGCAUAAUUUUCAAAUCCCAUUUGAUGGUUGCAAGUUUUUGCUUGAUAGAGUUAUUAAAACGAGCUUGCCUAUGAUGGCUUGGGGGUUCUAUUUGGAGAUUUUGGAUUCUGGAUAUCCACCUAAUGUAUAUAGUUUUAAUCUUUUAAUUAGUAGAUUAUGUAAAGAGGAUAAAAUUAAGGAUGCCAGUUUUAUUUUUGAUGAAAUUGGAAAGAGGGGUCUGCGGCCUACAGUUGUUAGUUUUAAUACUCUGAUCAAUGGAUACUGUAAAUCAGGGAAUUUAGAGGAAGGUUUUAGGUUGAAGAUUGUUAUGGAGGAGAGUAGGAUAUUUCCUGAUGUUUUUACUUAUAGUGUUUUGAUUAAUGGUUUGUGUAAUAAUCAGAGAUUGGAUGACGCCAAUCGUCUGUUUGAUGAAAUGUGUGAGAGAGGAUUGGUGCCUAACAAUGUUACUUUUACCACAUUAAUUAAUGGACAAUGCAAGAGUGGUAGGAUUGACUUGGCAAUGGAAACAUAUCAGCAAAUGUUAAAAAAAGGGCUGAAACCUGAUUUAGUUUUGUACAAUACACUCCUUAAUGGCCUCUGCAAGAUUGGAGAUUUCAGGGAAGUAAAAAAGCUUGUGGAUGAGAUAAAUAAGAGAGGGAUAACGCCUGACAAGGUCACCUACACCACGCUAAUAGAUGGUUAUUGUAAGGAGGGAGAUUUAGAAUCAGCUUUAGAGAUUAGGAAGAAAAUGUUUGAAGAAGGAAUUGAGCUUGACAAUGUAGCCUUUACGGCUCUUAUUUCAGGAUUAUGCAAAGAAGGAAAGGUAAUUGAUGCAGAAAGAACAUUAAGGGAAAUGCUAAAGUCAGGUUUAAGACCAGAUGAUGCAACGUAUACUAUGAUAAUGGAUGGAUUCUGUAAGAAGGGUGAUGUGAAGACAGGGUUCAAGUUGCUCAAAGAGAUGCAGAGUGAUGGCCAUGUACCGGGAGUUAUAACUUAUAAUGUGCUUAUGAAUGGCUAUUGCAAGCAAGGUCAAAUGAAAAAUGCUAAUAUGCUUUUAGAUGCUAUGCUCAAUUUGGGAGUAGUUCCAGACCACAUAACUUAUGACAUUUUAUUAGAAGGUCAUUGCAAGAAUCGUAACCUAGAAGACUUUCAUAAAAUACAGAGUGAAAAGGGUCUUGUGGCAGACUACGCCUCUUAUAAAUCACUACUUAAUGAGUUGAGUAGAGCUUCCAAAGAACGUCAGAAGAGAUGAUUACUGCAUAUCUCACGAGUACUGAGCUUUUAGAUUUGGUUACACAGGCAAUGUGGAGAACACAUUCUGAAAAAUGAGUUGACUCUUUUUUUACCUUCUCAUUACUGACCAUUGACCUUGAAGUUGAUUGGGAUUUGGGAGCAAAGGAAAUUCUUCCUUUUGGCAAACUGCUGUAUUGACUUCAGUUGCAUCCCUCCCAAGGAUUCAGGCAGACUUUCAGGUUAGUGGAUUCUGUAUGCUGAAAAUUCCAAUUUAAGUAGUCAUUUGUUACCAUAUCUCAGGUUGCUGAAACUGUCAUCUAGCACAUUCGGUGUUCCAUCUACAGCAAAGAUUGUAACAUAGGAGAUUACUGAACAUUUAGACAUGCAUAACUUAUUGCAUUUGAACUUCACAAAAAUCUAGAUAAGAUUGUUAGUCUAUGAAUAGAUAUGUUGGUAAAUGACUUUGUUAUCUUGCAUUUAAGGGAUUGGGAAAAAGGAAAAAAAAAGGAGAAAAGAUCUGCAGAGAAGCCUGCAAAAUUAACUAUCUGGAUAAAUGAAAUAAAUGUUUUUCUGUAUAUUUUCUGAGUAACCAAAAAAAUUGUUUUCUUUUAUACACAUUAUAUUAGUAUUGCUUUUAAUGAAGGUUUACUAUUUUCUAAUGACUCCGUUUUGAUUCUUCUCCCUAUCCUCCUUUGCUUUGACUUCAUUCAAUUUAUGCAUAUUUGGUUUUUUCCCUAAAUGCCAUCCGUUAGAAAAAAAGGGUAAAACCUAAUGCUUCAACUUUGAUUUCCUCUUCUCUUUGGUCCACUGAUAAACUAUGCAAUACUGACAAAGAGCAACCAGAAAAUUUCUCAAGUAUUCCAAAACUAAUUCAUAUGAUAAAAACAUAAUAUUUAGGUUUUACCAACUAAUAAUUUUACUGUAUCUUCAAAUGUAAGAUAAUUGAUAAAAUAUGUACUUAUAUUCAGUGUUGUAAUCCAUGCAAUAAAAGUGAGGGAAAAUUAUUACAAUGUCCCUUAGUUUUUGAAAAAUUUACUAGUUGAUCUCUAUUUCAAAAUCACUUAAUUGAAGCUUUUCUAUAUUUUAUAAUAUCAAAUCUUGAGUCAUUCUGUCAAAAAAACUGUUAGUCAAUUUUUUAAUCUUAGUUAGAGAGAUUAAAUGGUUUGAAUAUUUAAAAUUACAGAGACUAAAUGAUAUAUAUUGUUAAAAUUACAAAGACUAAACAGUAUAAAAAUAAGUUGGCUUCUUUGGCAGAAAGAUUAAAGAGUUGGAUUUUAUGAAACAUAAGGAUGUUGUAUUUAAGUAAUUUUGAUAUAGGGACAAGCUAGUGAAUUUUUAAAAAAUUCAAGAAUCUGAUAGUAAUUUUCCUUAAAAAUGAAGAAUAAUUAUGAAGGUUUUUUUAUUUGGAAAAAUGUCGUAGUUGUAGAAAAGAAAUCUAAAGGUAUACACAAGAGUAAAUGUGCCUUAAACAGUAACAAAAAGGGGGUUCAAUAACUAUUGAGACAAACAAAACUUGUAACACCUAUCUAAUUUAUAAAAUGUUCAAGUCGAGAUUAAAAGCUUAAGGAUCCCUUUAAGGGGAAAAAAGAUGAAUCUUUUUCUUUUAUUUUUUUUUUUAGAAAUGAUUUGUUUGUAGUAUACCCAUGAGGUUUGGUUAGAAGGGAAAAAAAAUGAGAUUUAGGAAUGAAGUUGGAUUUUAAU